GAUAUGGGGUGAGGAUUAAGGGGGUGAAAGUGUGGAAUACAGAGGUGGGGAGAGAGUGACGAGAGUGGGGAACAGUGAGAGAGAGUGAGAGGUGGGCCUGUCAGGGAAAGGUGGGAGUGAAGAGAGAGGAAGGGAAGCAAAUGUGUGGGAGGGGAAGGGGCAAGAGAGGCUCAGGAAGGAGGGAGGCAGUCUGGAACGGAGAAGCUGUUUAACUCUGGCCAGGCAGAGGGUAGGAGCCACUCCUCCCUGCCUCCGGCUCUCCCAUUCACUCAUUUGAAAGACUCCGGCUGUGUGGGAGGGGUGUGAGCCUCCCACUCGGAUCCAACGGCUGUGAUUCGCAGUUCCCCUCCCUCCCUCCCUCCUGGAUCAACAGCUGUGCAACAUAUGCUGCUGGCCACAGGGACGCCAGCCUCCCGAUCGCUUGUGAAGAGCAUGUCCCUGGACUCCAGCCCUGGACUGGAUGCUGCGCAGGGAAAAGCCCAGGCUUCUGGCCUACCGGCCGCCGAGCGUCCCUCGCCAGCGAGGACUGUCGGGGAGAGGCCGUCUGCCAGCCACAGAUCUGCGGGGGCGAAGCCGCAAGUGCCUCCGAAGCCGACGCACCUCCAUCGCCCUUGGCGGACGGAGCCCAUCCCGCCUGCGCCCUCGCGGCCUCUGCCCGCUGACCCCAGGGGCUCCCCUUCCGCCCCCCAGGAUGUCCCGAACCCCAGCCUCAGCCCGGCACGAGUCUCCUCCCUCAUCGAGAAGUUCGAACGGUGUUCUGCGCCCGGCUGA